AUGAAAGUACGAGCGCAACUACUGCUACUACCGCAACUACCACAACUACCACAAUUACUGCAAUUACCGCAACUACCACAACUACCACAACUACCACAAUUACUGCAAUCACCGCAACUACCACAAUUACCGCAACUACCGCAACUACCACAAUUGCCGCAACUACCGCAACUACCGCAAUUACCGCAGCUACACCAAUAA